AUGGCUCAGGAACUAGUAACUAAACCUCCGACGAUACCUAAACUAUGUUUGAACGGAUCUUUUGGACGCGAUGGACGAUGUGUGUGCAAUCCGGGCUAUAGCGAAUACAAAGGGAAUUGUUUUCAACAGAGUGUGUCAAGGUCGGUCCCAACAACCAACUGCCCGGAAGGAACGUACCUGUGGAACGGUUACUGCCACUACAAGAUCGUUCCACCGGUUCAAGACGUUGUGCCAGCCCAAGAAAAGCUAGUGGUCGUGCCUCCGUUACGCAUCAACAUCCCAAUCCCGGAACUGAUCGACCCGCUGGAUCCGAACUACGUUACGGAAGUGCCGGAAAGCGACGACGACGAGCCGGAGGUUAUCAUGCCUCCGGUUCAAGGACAGGGUUUAAAAUUGAACUUUGAAAAAAUCGUCAGCAACAAUAAUGUCAUUAACAAUGAAACCAUCGUACACACACACAACGUUAACAACGUGGUGGUUCACUUCUCUCGUCGCACACCAAACGGUGGAUUCCGGACCGUCGUGAUAAGAAACAACGACACCACCGUUUACGAGGACCCCGGACAUAUUCGAGAGAAGGUCACGGGUGAAGAUCCCAGGCCAAAAAAUACCACUGCAAGUACCACAGACAAAAUCUCCCCUCCGAAAUCGACAGAACAAUCCCGAGAGUUACCCUGCUGUACGAUCGUUUCACCGAGGAUCUGCCAUAAGCGGGACGACGAAUGGGUUUGCCUCCACCGGAAGCAGUACGUCUGUAGCACGGUUUGUACUGCUGACGUCAUGUACCUGCGACCAAGGAGGCCCAUGUAUCGCAAACCAUGGCUCGUUAUGCCUCCUCUACCGAAUCCUUUCGCACGCUUCAAACAAUGUCGAUGGGGACGAUGUCCACGGUUAGACUGUUCGGGAUGUAUCGAUGGUGUAACGCAGGCGUGCAGUCCGAUGUGCUAUACGUACGAUUGCAUGGUAGACAACAGUUGCCGAUUCAUAGACAAGGAUCUAAACUGCCCCGAUCCAACCAAUGAGCUUUGUGUUCUUCUGGAGGAGAAAACGAUAGAUCUAUUGAAACCAACCGGGGAGGAUGCAAAGCAGUAA